AUGGCACAUCCUUCUCAGCUAGGUCUUCAAGAUGCAGCUUCACCUGUUAUAGAGGAACUUAUUCACUUCCACGACCACGCUUUAAUGAUUGUGUUUCUUAUCAGCACUUUAGUACUUUACAUCAUUGUAGCCAUAGUCUCCACAAAACUCACCAACAAAUACGUUCUAGACUCCCAAGAAAUUGAAAUCAUCUGAACAGUCCUCCCUGCAGUCAUCCUAAUCCUAAUUGCUCUACCUUCCUUACGUAUUCUUUAUCUUAUAGACGAAAUCAACGACCCCCAUCUAACAAUCAAAGCCAUAGGACACCAAUGAUACUGAAGCUAUGAAUACACGGAUUACGAAGAAUUAGGGUUUGAUUCAUACAUAAUCCCAACACAAGACCUAACCCCCGGACAGUUCCGUUUAUUAGAAGCUGACCAUCGUAUGGUUAUCCCAGUGGAUUCUCCUAUUCGAAUCCUUGUAUCCGCCGAAGACGUACUUCACUCCUGAGCAGUUCCAGCCUUAGGUGUUAAAAUAGACGCGGUCCCAGGCCGAUUAAACCAAACAGCCUUCAUCACAGCACGUCCAGGCGUAUUUUACGGACAAUGUUCUGAAAUCUGCGGGGCAAAUCAUAGCUUUAUACCCAUUGUAGUUGAAGUAGUCCCAUUAGAGCACUUUGAAAACUGAUCUUCUUUAAUGCUAGAAGACGCUU